AUGCUCUCGUUCUUGCAGCUCAUGCGUCUUCUAUCUACUUUGAUCGCUCUCAUCGCGUCAGCGACCUGUUCCACAAAUUCAGAAGAUCCAUUCAAUUUCAGAGCCUUGUUUAGCCCCGGUACUACGCUUUCUAGCGAGGCCAAUGUGUACCUCCCUGGGGACGCCGCAUACUCGAGCACAAAUGAGAGAUGGUCAGAGCUGCAAAGCCCGUCGUACGCUGCUGCCAUUCAACCGGCAACAGAGGAAGAUGUGGCCUAUAUCGUCCGAACUGCUGUUGCAAACAACAUCUCCUUCCUAGCUACGGGGUCCGCUCACAGCGUGAAGCCGGGGUACACCUCAAUUAGGGACGGUAUCAACAUUGACCUGCGCCUUCUUAAUGACCUCUCCAUCGACCACACAGGUGAAACAGUAACCGUUGGUGCAGGCGUCACAAACGAUCCAGUCUACAACGCCGUCUAUGGCGUGCAAAAGGAAGUCCCGAUCACAACCGAGAGAUGCCUCAGUACCAUAGGUACCAUGGUCGGCGGCGGAUUGGGGGUCAUGCAGACCAUCCACGGCUGUCUAGCUGACAGUCUUAUUUCCGCGCGCGUCGUCACGGCCACCGGCGAGAUUCUCACUGUCUCGCAGGCCUCUCAUCCAGACCUAUUCUGGGCCAUCCGCGGAGCAGGCGCCAACUUUGGGAUUGUCGUCUCCGCCACGUUCCAGCUGUACGACCAGACGAACGGCGGUCGCUCGCUGGAUUACAGUUUUCUGUUCUCACACGACCAGGCUGGGUCUGUCUUUGAACUGAUGCACUCCCUUGACGACGUCAGGGGUACCGGGGCAUUCUGGUCCAUUUGGGCACGAUAUAACCACACAACCAAGGAGGCAACUCUAACCCUCCGGCUCAUCGUCCUCGGCAAUGAAGCCGAUGCGAAGCCGCACGUUCGCAGCGCGCAAGCCCUUAAUCCCCGCAGUGAGUCGGUAAUCCACAGAGCAUGGAAUACCUACGGUGAGCCGACGGACGAGCUCUGCGGCCACGGCUGGAACGCAGAAAUGUGGAAUUCCGGCCUCGAACGCACGGAUGUUCCCGUGCUCGUGGAGAUGUGGAACGAGUAUGUCGCCUUCGCAGCCGAGCGCGAGUGGUUUAACGGGUUCUGGCUUUUUGAACGCGAUACCUACGAGGGACUAAAUGAAGUCCCCGAGGACCGUCGUGGCGUCGGGUAUCCGUGGAGAGACACCGUGGCGUACCUUGGUUUCAUCAACUACAUUGAUGAUGCGCGAUAUGAGGAUGAAGUACAUGCCUUUAUCCGCCCUCUACGUGAGCGCCUUCAAGAGACCAUGGGCUACGAACAGCGUCGGGCGUAUGUUGGUGAAGCAUACGGGGAUGAAGGCCCGGCUGUGUGGUAUGGCGCGCAUAAUCUGCCACGACUUGUAGCUCUCAAGCAGCAGUGGGAUCCUGAGGCGAGAUUUGGGGCGGGAAUGCCGGUUCCGCUGUCGUUGGACGAAUGA